AUGCCGACGGCGCCCGAGAAGUCGCCCGCCGCGGCGGCGGCGGGCGACUACGCGACGCUGCGGGAGCUGUACCGGCCGCACAUCGAGUCGUUCGACUACUUCCUCGACGAGGGGCUCGACAAGAUGCUCCUCUCCAUCCGCCCCAUGGAGAUCACCGACCCCUCCUCCAACGCCACCCUCAGAAUGUCCUUAGAGAAGGGUCAUGUGCUCCCACCAAUGAAGGAUGGUCGGUUGGAACAACCGCUCUACCCGCAGGAGUGCAGGCAAGGUAGAAUUUCAUAUAGUGGCGAAUUCAAAGUUGAAGCCUUCUUCCAGUUUAAUGAUGGGGCGCCAAUCAGGCAAACCUUCAAUUUUGGCCAUUUGCCUAUUAUGUUGAUGUCAAAACUUUGCCACCUAAGAGGUGCUGAUUCGCGUAAACUAAUUUACCAUGGCGAGGAGGCCACAGAAAUGGGCGGGUACUUUAUAAGUGGUGGGAUGGAGAGACUUAUACGGAUUCUUAUUAUACAAAAGCGUAAUUACCCGAUGAGCAUGGUCCGUAGUUCUUUUGUUAAGCGCGGCGAGGGAUAUACCGACAAAGCUGUGGUGAUAAGAUGUGUUCAACUUGACCAGUCCAGCAGCGUGACAGUAAAGUUGUAUUACUUACAAAAUGGAAGUGCAAGGCUAGGGUUUUGGUUUGGAGGCAGAGAGGUUCUCCUUCCGGUUGGGAUUGUUCUCAAGGCCCUUGUUGAUACGAGUGACUGGGAAAUAGGUGCAAGCUUGACAUGCUGCUACAGUGAUAAACAUGGAAAUGGAAAGGGGGUUGUCGGCACUGAGCUAAUUGGUGAAAGGACACAAAUAAUUCUUGAUGAAGUCAGAGCUCUGUCCCUCAUCACGCGCAAACAAUGCUUGGUGCAUAUUGGCAAGUACUUUCGGUCUGUGAUGGAUGGAUUUGAAAAGGAUGAUUAUGAAACUGUUGCUGAGGCGGUUAUCAAGGACUAUAUUCUCGUGCACCUGCAGAAUGACAACCAUGCAAAAUUUAAUCUAUUGAUAUUUAUGCUACAGAAACUUUAUGCUCUUGUUGAUCAAACUGCCUCACCUGAUAAUCCUGAUGCACUUCAAUUCCAAGAAGCUCUCUUGCCUGGGUACCUGAUCACAGUUUUUCUGAAGGAUAGGAUUCAAGAUUGGAUGCGGAAGUCUAAACGUGUAAUUCUUGAAGAGCUGACAAAGAAUAAAAGCUUCGAACUCAGUAACUCAAUGGAGAUAAGGAAAAUUCUCAGUAAACAUACAACAUUUGUUGGCAGAGCUAUCGAGUCUUUGAUAAAGGUUGGCAGAGCGAAUUCACAGUCAAUGUUGGAUCUUCCACAGAGAGAUGGGAUGACCAUUCAAGCUGAACGACUCAACUUCCAUCGUUAUAUCUCACAUUUCCGGUCUGUCCAUAGGGGUGCUGCUUUUGCUAAAAUGCGGACGACAACUGUUAGGAAGUUACUUCCAGAGUCUUGGGGUUUCCUGUGUCCAGUUCAUACACCAGAUGGAGAGCCCUGUGGUUUACUGAACCAUAUGACUUCCACAUGCCGUGUUUCAUCCUGCUAUAACUCGGAAGGCGCAAUUAAAGAUUUUCAGAAAAUAAAGGAUAAACUUUUAUCUGAAUUGGUUCGUGGUGGAAUGACCCCAUUGUUGCCGAAGAUAGAGCAUGCUGGUCCCCCGGAAAUCCUUCAUGUCCAUUUAGAUGGAUGCAUUGUUGGUUCUAUUGCUUCUGCUAAGAUUGAUGAGAUAGUUAACUAUCUUCGGAGAUUAAAGCUACUGUCACACCCAGCGACUCCGGAAGAUUUAGAAGUGGGCUAUGUUCCCUUGAGUCUUGGUGGGGCUUAUCCUGGCCUCUACCUUUUCACAAGUCCUGCGAGAUUUGUUCGACCAGUGAAAAAUCUGGUUAGUCUACCUGGUGGAGAGCCAAGUAUUGAGCUUAUUGGACCAUUUGAACAGGCAUUUAUGGAGAUACAAUGUCAAGAUGGUGGGAAUGGUGGGAGAGGAACAUUGUUUCCUGCAACUCAUGAAGAAAUUCACCCUACGGCCAUUCUAAGUGUAGUCGCAAAUCUGACUCCUUGGUCAGAUCACAACCAAAGCCCUCGGAACAUGUACCAAUGCCAGAUGGCAAAGCAAACUAUGGGUUUUUCUGGUCAAGCUUUAAAAUUUCGUACAGAUGUUAAAGCAUUCCAUUUACAGACCCCUCAGACACCAAUUGUUCGAACUGCUACAUAUAAAAAAUAUCAUAUGGAUGAAUUUCCAUCAGGAACAAAUGCUAUUGUUGCGGUGCUAUCAUAUACAGGCUAUGACAUGGAGGAUGCCAUGAUUUUGAACAAAUCAGCUGUUGAUCGUGGGAUGUUCCGUGGAGAUAUUUACCAGACAGAGUGCAUUGACUUGUCAUCAAAAAGGAGAGAAAAUGUUCCGGAAGUCUUCGCCAAGAGUAGACUAUCGAGGGACACAAGCGAUGUAAUUGACUCAGAUGGCCUUCCUCGGGUUGGAGAGGCAGUAGUUCCAAAUGAGCAGUACUACAGUGUCUAUAACACACUCACUGGUGCGAUAAGGCCUGUCAGACUAAAGGGCACAGAGCCAGCAACUAUCGACUAUGUUGCUGUCAAUGGGGCAAAUUCAAAAGGUUUCCUAGAGAAGGUAAAUAUUCGUCUGCGCCGCAAGAGAAAUCCUAUAAUUGGUGACAAGUUUAGCAGCAGACAUGGGCAGAAGGGAGUUUGUUCACAGUUGUGGCCUGACAUUGAUAUGCCAUUCUCUGAACAUACCGGCAUGAGGCCAGAUCUCAUCAUUAAUCCUCAUGCUUUUCCUUCAAGAAUGACAAUAGCAAUGCUCAUAGAGUCUAUAGCAGCAAAGGCUGGAAGUCUUCAUGGGAAGUUCAUUGAUGCAACACCUUUUGCAAGCUCAGUCAAAAAGGAAGGGGAAAAUUCUAGUAAAUAUGAUUCCAUUGUGGAUGAACUGGGUCCCAUGCUAGCAUCUUAUGGGUUUAAUUAUCAUGGGGUAGAAACCCUGUACAGCGGACUUUUUGGCACAUAUAUGAACUGUGAGAUUUUCAUUGGUCCUGUAUAUUACCAACGUCUUCGUCAUAUGGUCUCAGACAAAUUUCAGGUUCGCACGACAGGCCGCGUAGAUCAAGUAACAAGACAGCCGAUAGGAGGAAGGAAACACGGAGGAGGGAUCCGGUUCGGUGAGAUGGAGCGCGAUGCACUCCUUGCUCACGGGGCUUCCUAUCUCCUGCAUGACAGGCUCCACACCUGCUCGGACUACCACAUAGCGGAUGUGUGCUCCCUCUGCGGGAGCCUCCUGACAGCGACGGUGAUCAAGUCGGAGACGCAGAAGAAAUCCAAGCGCAACAUGCUCGGCGUCAACACCUUGAAGCCCCCCAAGAACUUUGCGUGCCAGGCCUGCCAAACAAACAAAGGGAUGGAGACCGUAGCGAUGCCUUAUGUCUUCAGGUAUUUGGCUGCAGAGCUGGCGGCCAUGAACAUAAAGCUGGGUCUACGGCUCAGCAACAGGAGAGAAAGUCCUCCCAGCAAUGAAUCCUGAAAGUCAUCAGUUAUCUCUACUUGCUAGCAGAGCAAGGAAAGGAGAAGCACAUA